AGCCACAUGCAGUUCCGAUAUAAAUUUAGCUCUAAAAAAAUAAACACAGAACUCUUCCUUCUGAGUUGUUUGCAAACAUGGAUUUCUCCGGUCUGAUCGCCUCUUACCGACCUCCUUCAGCUAUAGAGGAAGAUGUACUGCAAAGUUUGCACAGAUCCCAACGCUCUACAUUACCUCUGCGACACGCGGCUGAUAUGAUUAUUCACAGGAAAUCUUUAGAAUCUAUCAGGAGCUUCAUUGAAGAGGAGGAACUCAUACUUAGCAUUGAUGAAUCUGUCCACAAGGGUCUAAGACUAAUUCACUAUGCUGUUUACCUUGAUGCAGAAUAUCUCGUGGAUCUUUUACUCGAAUUUGGGGCUGAUCCGAAUGUCAUGGAUGCCAUGGGAUAUACUCCUGUCCACAUUUGUUCAGAAAAAGGAUACUCUCAUCUGAUUAAUAUUCUCAUGGCUUAUGGAGCGAGAAUAAGAUUUACCGAGGUAAACCCUGAUGACAGAUCAUAUGGUGAGCCUCCUCGAGCAACUGCCGCUGACGAACCUUUAAGACUAGCAAUAAGAAACUGUGAACAUGAAACAGCUCGAAUGCUUUUAGAGCACGGAGCAAAUCCAAAUGCUCUGUACUAUUUAGGAUUUGAGAUAAAUCUUGUGGAUUCGGUGGAUCUGAGGUCAGUAGAACUGUUGCUGAUGUACGGAGCUGACCCAAAUGCCCGAGAUUUGCAAGGAAUGACGCCGUUGAUGAAAGCAUGCAGAAGCGCUCAAGCUGUGGAAACUGUGCACUUACUUAUAAGUUAUGGUGCAGAUGUUAAUGCCAUGACAGAAGAAGACCAGAAAAGCUCGUUGCAUUAUGCAGUUCUAACAGGAAAUUUAGAGAUAGCAGAGAUUUUGGUUUACAAUGGAGCACAAGUGUGCUUUCCCUUGGAACGUACAAGACCCCCACCAUUAUAUUAUGCUGUGCUAAAAGGCGAUGUGAAAUUUUUAGAGUUCCUUCUCAAAUCAGGGGCAGACAUUAAUGCGGUGUCAGUGGUAGUAGGAUCUGCCCUGCACCUGUCCAUGGUUGAAAAAAUUCCAAAUCAAUACAGAAUAGUAGAGACCUUGUUGAGGAAUGGUGCUAAUCCCAAUGCUAUUACUGUUGCUGAUGAUAAACCAUGUCUAAAACCUCCGAUAGGAGAAUAUUUACAAAACUGUGAACAACCUCGAAUUGAUAUUGUAUCUCUGCUUCUAAGGUACGGAGCACGCAUAGUUCUUCAGUGUCAAAGGGAUCACGAUUUAGGGAUCAUAAAAGUUAUUCACAGGAUACAUUUGGGACUCAAUCCAGAAGUGAUGGACUUGCUCGUAGAAGCAGCGGAAUCUUUCAAUGUCUCGUUUAUAGAAAAUUCAAAACAGAUGAGUGACGAACACAAAGAUUUGCUUCUGACGAGAGCUUUACAGCCAUUCUCCCUUUUAAAUGCCUCAAGGAUACAGGUCAGGAGAAACUUAGGAUGGGGACCAGAUUUUCUGGCCACCUUGCAGAGUUUGCCCCUACCACAAAUGCUCAAAAAAUUUGUUUUAUUUGAGGAGUGAUUUUUAUAGUAAUAAAAUAUGUUUUAUAUUUUGUUA